UUAUGGAAAACUCUGUUGAUGGUGAUAGUGGUGUGUUUGGCUGAUGGUGGGCGUGGCGAUUUGAGCGAAUCGGCGUGUUUAAAAUUCCGGUCUCAGAAUUUUCUGGGACGGUGAAGUCCACCGUUGGUGUAGUGCAGAAGGUGGUCUCCAUCGUGUCCAAGUUUGCCGGAAAAGUGGGUGACUUCCGGCUUAGCAAUGCCAUCUCCGACUGCCUCCAACUCAUGGACGUUUCCAUGGACCAGUUGAGCUCUGCCCUAUCUGCUUCGCUUAAUACAUAUGGGAAGAGUAACGGGCACCAGAAAUGUGAUUGACGACGUGAAGACGUUACUGAGCGGAGCUUUGACGAAUCAUUACACUUGCAUAGAAGGAUUUGACGGCACAAACGGCGUCGUAAAAAGCUUGGUUUCUGGCAGCUUAGACCACGUCACCGCAUUAGUCCUCAACCUUCUCUCCAUGGUCAAGUCCAAUUCAGGCCGCGGCGGUAGAAGAUUGACGAGCAGCGAUCAAUUUCCACACGGGAUCAAAUCCCACGACCGGAAACUCCUCCAAUCCGCCAGCGGCGCCACUGCGGACGCGGUGGUUGCUGCAGACGGGACCGGGAACUUCAGCAGCGUCGCGGAAGCGGUCCGGGCAGCGCCUGAGUAUAGCACCAGGAAAUACGUUAUAUACGUAAAGCGAGGUGUGUAUGAGGAGUAUGUGGAGAUCGGGAAGAAGAAAUGGAACAUAAUGAUGAUCGGCGACGGCGUUGAUGCGACGGUUAUUUCUGGUAAUCGCAGCCUUGUUGAUGGCUGGACUACUUACCGCUGUACUACAUUUGCUAAAAGCAUUCCGGCCGCGCAUUCCGUGCAUUUCACUGUAAUUUAAAUAUCU